CCCAUUUAACACUCUCUCCACUCCUCACAACGCUGAAAACCACCCCCCCUUCGGUCUCACUCCAGCGAACCCUUCACCCCUUUCUCUCUCUGUCUCUCAACUUGCAGACAACAAUGGUGAAACCCACUAUCAUUGUUGUACACUUCACUAUCUACCUCUUCAUUCUUCACUUGUUUCACUCCAAAGCUUAUGCAAACCCAGAUUUGGAAGCUCUAAUGGCUUUCAAAGCCGCCUCAGACACAGCCAACAAGCUUACGUCCUGGAACUCCACCUCCAACCCAUGCGACUGGUCCGGCGUCUCCUGCGUCCACAACCGAGUCUCGCGGCUCGUCCUCGAGGACCUGGAUCUCCGCGGGUCGUUCGAGCCCAUAACCGCUCUGACUCAGCUCCGAGUUCUCAGCCUCAAGCGAAACCGCCUCUCGGGUCAUAUUCCCGACCUCUCCAACCUCACGGCUCUCAAGCUUCUUUUCCUCUCCGGCAACGAUUUCUCCGGCCAGUUCCCGCCGUCCGUACCGACGCUGUCCCGGCUAUACCGCCUUGAUCUAUCGUACAACAACUUGUCCGGCGAGGUUCCGGUGACGAUUAACGGUUUGACCCGCCUCCUCACCCUCCGGCUUGAGGAGAACCGGUUUUUUGGAUCGAUUUCCGGCCUAAACCUCUUGAAUCUGCAGGAUUUCAACGUUUCCGGUAACCAGCUCUCCGGUGAAGUACCCAGAUCCUUAUCGGGUUUCCCCGAGUCCGCUUUUGCUCAGAACCCGGCUCUCUGCGGGUCGCCGAUGCAGAAAUGCAAGAAUGUUUCGGCGGACCCAACCAGACCCGGAUCCGACGGAGCCAUUGCCUCGCCGUUAAUGCCGGCUACUAAUCCAAACACCAUAGUAGCAUCGUCACCGAGCUCACUCCCUUCAAGCUCUAUACCGUCCAAAUCGGGCAACAAUCACCACGCUGGAGCGUCCAAGUUAAGCCCAGUAGCUAUAGUAGCCAUAAUCCUCGGCGAUGUGUUGGUCCUGGCCGUGGUCUCCCUCGUCCUCUACUGCUACUUCUGGCGAAGCUACGCGACCAAAAUGCGGGACGGAAAGGGGUCGAAGCUGCUGGAGAGCGAGAAGAUCGUGUACUCGUCGAGCCCGUACACGGCGCAGCCCGGGUUCGAGAGAGGCCGAAUGGUGUUUUUCGAGGGGGUCAAGCGGUUCGAGCUGGAGGACCUGCUCCGGGCCUCUGCGGAGAUGCUGGGGAAAGGUGGGUUCGGGACAGCGUACAAGGCGGUGCUCGAUGACGGGAAUGUGGUGGCGGUGAAGAGGCUCAAGGAUGCGAGCGUGGGAGGGAAGAGAGAGUUCGAGCAGCACAUGGAGUUGUUGGGUCGGCUCAGGCAUCCCAACGUGGUUAGUCUGAGGGCUUACUACUUCGCCAGGGAGGAGAAGCUGCUGGUCUACGAUUACAUGCCCAAUGGCAGCUUGUUUUGGCUUCUUCACGGAAAUAGAGGACCUGGGCGAACCCCAUUGGACUGGACCACUAGGUUAAAAAUCGCAGCCGGAGCGGCUCGAGGGCUAGCCUUUAUUCACAUCUCAUGCAAGUCUCUUAGGCUCACCCACGGUAACAUCAAAUCAACCAACAUCCUUGUCGACAGAACCGGGAAUGCGCGCGUGUCCGACUUUGGAUUCUCAGUCUUCGCUGCCCCUGCCCUGACGGCACCACGAGCCAACGGCUACCGUGCUCCAGAAUCGGUACUGGACGGUCGGAAACUCACCCAGAAAUCUGACGUGUACUCCUUUGGUGUCCUUCUCCUGGAGCUGCUCACGGGGAAGUGCCCCUCCGUGGUGGACAGCGGUGGGACCGGGUGCGGUUACGCUGGUGGGGUCCUGGACCUUCCGAGGUGGGUCCAGUCGGUGGUGAGAGAGGAAUGGACGGCUGAGGUUUUCGAUUUGGAGCUGAUGAGGUACAAGGAUAUUGAGGAGGAGAUGGUGGGGCUGUUGCAGGUUGCUAUGUCUUGUACUGCGGCCUCCCCUGAUCAGCGGCCCAAGAUGUGCCAAGUAGUCAAGAUGAUCGAGGAGAUACGUGGGGUCGAGACGUCGCCGUGUCAUGACAGCUUGGACUCCGUCUCCGAGUCACCUUCCUUGUCUGAGGACACGUGCGGAGCGAGCCAGUGAUUUUUGAAGAGGAGUUUAUAUAUGAUAAAUUACAGCGCUAUUGGACUGUAUCUGUAAAUCAUGGGUUUUGUUUUGUAACUUUCUUUAUCGGCAUUCUAAUUUUUUGUUUCCCUCUGUUUUUUUGGUUUUCUAAUUAAAGCAACUGGGAAUGAUCUAAUUAAUACUGAGUUUGUGAGCGCUUCGAUCGGCUCCGUAAUAGAAAUUAGCUUUUGCA